UUGUUUCAGAUGUUCUAGAAGUCCGCCUGCUGUCAUAUUCGACUUUUACAAUUUAUAACGAUUUUAUUUUUGUCGGCAAUUGUUAAAUAGUUUCACAAUACAAAUUCAUUUCUGGCUAGAGUGAAAAAACAGUGGCUUGCAUUCUGAAUCUACAAAUAACCGACCUUGAAAGCGAAAUAGAAUCUCCAUAAUGCUGGAGAGGUAGCGGCAUUGCAGCGAUCUGAUGAAAGAGAUGAUAGGUCUAGGUCCACAUAUUCAUAUAAAGUGUCCCAAAACGAUGGACAAUCAGAUGAAUCUGGAAAACAAACCUAAUAAACGUAAGAUUAUUAAAAUUGGAAAGUCCCUUCAACUAAUUAUAGAAAUUCCUGAUCUGCCAGAAAGUGCAAUGGCAAAGAGGUUUGAUCUCAGCAGCUUGCAUUUCAUGUCGCUUCAAGCGCUUGCUAUGAGGAGAUUCGCUGUACAAUUGUGCUGUCACCGCAAGAUGCUUGCGUAUGCUGUGCAAACCGAUUCAGCGGCGCGACGUCAAAAGGAACACGAAACAACGAUGUACGAUUUGUUAAAAGAUCUUUUAACUGAAGUUCCGCUUCCACCAUCGAUGAAACACGAGUUAUUCAGUUUAAUGAAAUCUGUUUCCAGAGAAAUAAUAAAAUGGUUGGACCUCCAUGAAGAUUAUUUAGGUCCGUGUAACUUAAACGAAAUGGAGAAUUUGAAACACCUGUGCUGGACAAGUUUGGGGAGUGUGGAUUAUCGGGAAACAGUUGCAGCACUCAUUCGCCACGAAAAGCUGGACCUGACACAACGUUACAAGCUGGCUUGUCUGUAUUGCUUAGAGGAGGAUAUCAGAGAGCUUUGGCGAAAGAUGCCCGAAAAAAGCAAAAAGUCCUACUAUGAUGUAAAAUCUGCGAUUCUCGAGCAGCCAGAUUUAGCCGUUAUUUGGACUUUCAUCAUAAAAGGAGAAGUAAAAAAAAUUCUUAGAUACCUUAAAGAAAACGGAAAAUUCAGCCCGUCCAUUAACCACCUAGGGUUCGAAUGUUCUGCAAUCCUCGGUUACAGAACAGCUGCUCAGUAUUUUUAUGAAAAGUUAAAGUCCGAAGAAAAAGAAGAAUUAUUGAUCAAAACCUCCAUGUCUGUAGCAAUGCAACGUUCAAAAGAUUAUUAUUUUUACAUGGAGGAACGCCAAGAAUCAGGCGACGUUUUGUUCUAUUUGAUGUCCGUGAUGCAGCUGUAUGAGCAGAAGAUCUUGUUUUCGCACUUCCCUUGUGAGACCUUGAAGUGCGUGCUGGAUUGGCCCAGGCAAGAUGCCUUUAUCGAGCUAGCAAAAUCCGAAUAUCCUUCAAUUUCAGUACGCGCUUAUUACCGCGUGCUUUUAAAUCUGUCCCGGAACAGUUCCUGGGGAUAUAACCAUUCGAAAUUAUUUCAGGAAUUUUUCCUGCUCGAUCAACUUGAUUUCAGUUUCGCGUUGGUUGCGUACAAUAUCAUUUUGCGAGAUUUUAUUCGAAGUGACGACAUAGAAACUGUCAAAUUUCUUUUCAGACAUCUGGACGCUCAAGGAAAAGAUGAACAUGUUUUGGUUUCUACAGGAAGUUUCAUUAACUACGAACUAAUGAAGGAGGGUAAGUGGGAAUUGAUGAAUCAAUUCAUCGAAGAUGUCAAACUGUCCGAAUCAGGCAGGCGGAGGAAUUUGAAGUUAUUCAGUGAAAAUCGCGGAUUAAAUCAUAAGGAAAGAAUCCUUAUAAUCAUAAAUGAGAGCAAUAGCUCUGUUCUUGGCAUUCUAGAAGAUAUUCAGGAUAACACUGAUCUUGAAAUUCAAGAAGAAGAAGAAAUAAUAGAACCGAAAGCUGUAAGAAAACGUUUAAUGCCUUUAAAAGCAGCAUACGAUAAGUGUAUUGAUUUUCUCUUCCGAUAAGUUCCAUGCAUGGGUAUUUUGUAAAGUGCAAUUAGUAUCAUUAUUGUGUGACAUCGCAAAGCAAAUAUUUUACCUUUUAAUGCGGUGAUUUUUAAAACUGCUUUCAAUUGAAAACUAAAACUUUGUUUUAAAAACAUUUUAUUUUGCCAAAAAAUUGAAUUUCAAUUUAUCUCUAGAAAUCAUGUUCUUUUAAUAUUUUAUUAGUUCUUUCUAAGUGUUCUUGCAUAAUAAAUUAUAAAAUGUGUGUCUACAUAUUUGAUGUUUGGUACUAGUUCGUGUAGAGAUGUUUACUAAUCUUGGUAUGAAUUAUUUUGAAAUUGUUGGUGUUAAAACUGUCAGAAAAAAUGUAUAUGUAGGAAAAUUUUGUAAAUACAAAUUGUAUCGUACUUGUGUAACAUCACACAGAAACUACAUUACUUUGUAACGCGGCUAUUUUUAAAACUGUUUUCAUGUGGAAACUGAAACUUUCUUCUAAUUUUUUUUUAUGCAGAAAAUGGAAUUUCAAUUUUUCUCUCAAAAUCAAGUCUUUUUAACAUUUUAUUUGUUCUUUCCAAGUGUUCUUGCAUAAAGCAUUACCAAAUGUGUGUCUACACAUUUGAUGUUUGUUGCAUGUUCAUUUACAGAUGUGUACUAAUCUUGGUAUGAAUUAUUUUGAAAUUGUUGGUGUUAAAACUGUCAGAAAAAAUGUAUAUGUAGGAAAAUUUUGUAAAUACAAAUUGUAUCGUACUUGUGUAACAUCACACAGAAACUACAUUACUUUGUAACGCGGCUAUUUUUAAAACUGUUUUCAUGUGAAAACUGAAACUUUCUUCUAAUUUUUUUUUAUGCAGAAAAUGGAAUUUCAAUUUUUCUCUCAAAAUCAAGUCUUUUUAACAUUUUAUUUGUUCUUUCCAAGUGUUCUUGCAUAAAGCAUUACCAAAUGUGUGUCUACACAUUUGAUGUUUGUUGCAUGUUCAUUUACAGAUGUGUACUAAUCUUGGUAUGAAUUAUUUUGAAAUUGUUGGUGUUAAAACUGUCAGAAAAAAUGUAUAUGUAGGAAAAUUUUGUAAAUACAAAUUGUAUCGUACUUGUGUAACAUCACACAGAAACUACAUUACUUUGUAACGCGGCUAUUUUUAAAACUGUUUUCAUGUGAAAACUGAAACUUUCUUCUAAUUUUUUUUUAUGCAGAAAAUGGAAUUUCAAUUUUUCUCUCAAAAUCAAGUCUUUUUAACAUUUUAUUUGUUCUUUCCAAGUGUUCUUGCAUAAAGCAUUACCAAAUGUGUGUCUACACAUUUGAUGUUUGUUGCAUGUUCAUUUACAGAUGUGUACUAAUCUUGGUAUGAAUUAUUUUGAAAUUGUUGGUGUUAAAACUGUCAGAAAAAAUGUAUAUGUAGGAAAAUUUUGUAAAUACAAAUUGUAUCGUACUUGUGUAACAUCACACAGAAACUACAUUACUUUGUAACGCGGCUAUUUUUAAAACUGUUUUCAUGUGGAAACUGAAACUUUCUUCUAAUUUUUUUUUAUGCAGAAAAUGGAAUUUCAAUUUUUCUCUCAAAAUCAAGUCUUUUUAACAUUUUAUUUGUUCUUUCCAAGUGUUCUUGCAUAAAGCAUUACCAAAUGUGUGUCUACACAUUUGAUGUUUGUUGCAUGUUCAUUUACAGAUGUGUACUAAUCUUGGUAUGAAUUAUUUUGAAAUUGUUGGUGUUAAAACUGUCAGAAAAAAUGUAUAUGUAGGAAAAUUUUGUAAAUACAAAUUGUAUCGUACUUGUGUAACAUCACACAGAAACUACAUUACUUUGUAACGCGGCUAUUUUUAAAACUGUUUUCAUGUGAAAACUGAAACUUUCUUCUAAUUUUUUUUUAUGCAGAAAAUGGAAUUUCAAUUUUUCUCUCAAAAUCAAGUCUUUUUAACAUUUUAUUUGUUCUUUCCAAGUGUUCUUGCAUAAAGCAUUACCAAAUGUGUGUCUACACAUUUGAUGUUUGUUGCAUGUUCAUUUACAGAUGUGUACUAAUCUUGGUAUGAAUUAUUUUGAAAUUGUUGGUGUUAAAACUGUCAGAAAAAAUGUAUAUGUAGGAAAAUUUUGUAAAUACAAAUUGUAUCGUACUUGUGUAACAUCACACAGAAACUACAUUACUUUGUAACGCGGCUAUUUUUAAAACUGUUUUCAUGUGAAAACUGAAACUUUCUUCUAAUUUUUUUUUAUGCAGAAAAUGGAAUUUCAAUUUUUCUCUCAAAAUCAAGUCUUUUUAACAUUUUAUUUGUUCUUUCCAAGUGUUCUUGCAUAAAGCAUUACCAAAUGUGUGUCUACACAUUUGAUGUUUGGUGAAUGUUCGUGUAUAGAUGUUCACUAAUCUUCGUAUGGAUUAUCUUGAAACUGUUGGUGUUAAGACUGUCAGAGAAAUUUUAUGUGGUAAUAAAAUUUGGUAA